AAAUUUCUAUAAAUAAAAAAUAUUUUUUUAUUAUUCGAUUUAUUAUAUAUUCUAUUCUUCUCAAAUACACGAAAUUAUGGCUACAAAUAAAAACGUUAUAGUUCUUGUACCAAACGGUCGUCGGCAAAAUGUUGCGGUAACUCCAAAUACUACAAUAUUACAAAUACUGGAAGAGGUUUGUCAAAAGCAUGGAUAUAAUGUGGAUAAUUAUGAUCUUAAGCAUUUCAAUCAUGUAUUAGAUCCUAAUGCUAUAUUACGUUUUACCGGAUUGGCAAAUAAUGCACAAUUAGAAAUGAUUCCUUGUACAAAAAUACGUUCUACUUCCACUGUUGUAAUAGGUAUACAAUUAGAAAAUGGAGAAAGAUUGAUGAGUGAAUUUAUGCCUAAUAUAACAUUAGCUGAAAUUUUAAAAAAUUUAAAUGUCAAUGAGGAUUUUGAAAAAGUUACAUUGAUUUAUAUGCAUCGUGAGAUUUCUGGAACAGAAGCUUUAAAAAAUACAACUUUAAAGUUAUUAGGAAUCAAUAAUGGUAAAGCUAUUUUACGGCUGGGACAUAGAAAUCCCAAAAACAUAGAUAGUGUUACUUCAACAACAUUAAAAACGGUUAAUAAAAACAUUGAUAUUGAUAAAAAAAAUUCUAAAAAUGAUUAUUUAUUACCAUCAAAUUCUAAUCAAGUAUCUAAUGUAUCUACAAAUCAAGAAAUGCAAAAAAUAAAAGAAUUAGUAGUAUGUUCUCAAAAUAUGGAAAAAAAAACAAAAGAAAUAAUAAAAGAGCAAAAAGAAGAUAAAAUAGUACCAUCAACUAGUACUGAUAACUAUGUUGGAAACCAAAUUUUAAUGCAAUCGUGCAGUAAACGUGAAUCAGAUGAUUUAAAUAAUAUAGAAUUUUUAGGUGAAAGAAAUGCUUUAGUAUUUAAUCAGGCUACAAUUCAAGGAACGUUCAGAGAUGAAUUACCAGAUGAUUUUUAUGAUUUAACAGUUGAUGAUGCAAAAAUAUUAUUAAGAGAUGCUAAACGUUAUAGAAAAGAACUGGAAGAAGCACCUCUUUUAACAAAUGUUCAACGACAGUCGAAUCAAAAAAAACAAAUAUUAAAUCAAUUAAAUAAAUAUCAUUACACGAUAAUCCGUAUACAAUUUCCAGAUCAAUUUGUCCUCCAAGGUUUAUUUCAACCAAUGGAAACUGUACAAGCGAUUAAAGACUUUAUAAAAUGUUAUUUAACUGAUGAAAAUAGUGAUUUUAUAAUCUUUACUACACCACCAAAACAUAUUUUGGAUCCUAAUUCUCACUUAAUUAAUGAAAACUUAGUUCCCUGUGCUAUUAUUCAUUAUUCUGGAUCAUCAACUCUCAAAUCGGAUGUGAAACAAAAAUUUACAGAUCCUAAAAAAGUUGAACUGCAAGUGGCUAAAACUAGAAAAUUAAUGAUAAAUCAAGAAACUAAAACAAUAAAUGAAGAUGUGAAUAUAAAUAAUGUUACAAAUAGUAGAUCAGUAUUUAAUACGUCUACUAAUAAUGAAUUAUUAAAUGAAAAAAAAAAUAAAAUUCCAAAAUGGUUAAAUCCAUCACUGAAAUAA